AUGUUGAAGAUCUACGAGGACAUAAUCAAUGAAGUUAUUUCCAGGCUUGAGCAGGAUGAGGAUGUAGAUAGUAUGAGCAAGGCUGCAAUAUAUGAUCUUCGGAAUGAUUGGAGAGAGAGAUUGAUUGAAUGCACGCAGAAUGAAUGGACAGGAAAUGGCGGAAGAGAGAUGUAUGGACAACGAUUCAGGGUGUACAAGGAAUUUUCAGAAAGAUCUAAUGAUACGCUACUGGAAUGCAGACACGAAAGAGACGUUGAUUUAGGAGACAAGGAGCAUGGAGAGGAAGAUGUGUCUAGUGAUGACUCUGAGAUUAUAGGAAGGAGUGGGAAUACUGGAAAUUACAUGAUAUGCUUGUAUGUCAAAGUGUGCAUGUCGAAGGGGAAGUGGAAGUGUGUGUUCAAGCAAGGGUUUAUAAACAUAGGAAAUAUAGAUUUUGUGUUUAGCUCUGCUCAAGGGGAGCUCGAAUGGUAG